ACAGAGUGCACAAACUCUCCUGCGGCCACAUCAAAGUUCCGACGUAAGGAGCAGAAUUACAGUGACGACAGUGUGCUGUCUAACGAAGUGACUGACGUGACUGAUUACGGCAACGAAUGUGACAGUUUCCGAGCUCAUAUAGAGAGUCGUUACAUGAAUAACGGUAUGGAAUGUUCCCCUCAGAAGGGCUCGGUCAGAAAAGACUCAGUGAGCAGCAUCGAGCGUGAGCUGGCUCUUCUCAACAAAGAGAUGGAAACCAUUCACAUGGAGUGUCAGGAAAUGUGUGAUAAACAUGCAAAGGACAUGGAUAAACAUCAGCUUCAACGAGAAGCUCUGCAAAUUAAAAGUCCACGAAUUGUGCCUAGAAUGGGAACAAGACUCGAAUAUUUAAAAUAUGUGCAAUUAUACGACAACCCAAAUUCCCUGGAUCGUCGUGAUACGUUACCUAAACCUGCCAGUCAGCAACCGAGAACUCAGUGUGAGAAAGACGCGUCCACUACCACAAGUGCUUAUAACACAGGGGAGAGCUGCAGAAGUACGCCUCUAACUCUAGAACUGAAUCAAGGCUCAGAGGAUGGGGACUUCAAAAACUCUAUGUUGUGUCUAGCUCCAUCCAACACUAAUGUUUCAGCAUUAAGUGACACUGAGUAACAAACACAGACUCCGUGUGGACAGAAUGGUGGCUCGAGUGAUGACUACCAGUCCAUUGUGCCUGAUCACGAGUCGGCAACUCUCCAGAAACAGAACUGUAUGGGGAGGUCUCUACAGGACCUGUACAUGCAGUACGCUGACGUGAUGUACACUAACCAAGCUAACCUGGAGCACACUAUAGCCAUCCAACAGAAACUCUUCCAGCAACAGAUUGAGCAGAACCCCAUGAGGAACAGGAAAAAUAAUGGACUUCCCCUGCAGCCUUCUGUCUCUAGUGCUAGCUCUGUUAGUGGACAGGGCGAGGUAAAAUCUAGAGACAGUCCAAAUGUCUCCAGAGAUAGUCCGAAUGCCACUCCACCAGACAGCAGUGGGCAGAUGGAGUGGGUCGUGAAGCGCCGUCCUGACGGAACUCGUUACAUAACGCGUCGUCCAAUGAAAAGCAAGCUUCUGAAAGAGAGAGCCAAGAAAAUUUCAGAAGAAAGAUGUGGAAUGACAACGGAUGAUGAUGCCAUGAGUGAACUGAAAUUUGGACGUUAUUGGUCAAAGGAAGAGCGUAAAAGACAUUUAGAAAAAGCACGUGAUCACAAACGAAAACGAGAAUGCAUGAUGAGAGCCAAAAUGGAAACUCUUAAGGAAGCAGAGGAAAAGAAAGAAAUAAACAUUGUUGAACUCAGUCAUCGGAAAAUGAUGAAGCAUAAAAAUAAGAAAGUGUUAGACAAUUUUGUGACAGUUCAGGAAAUGCUGGCUCACGGGAGUCGUGUGUCAGAUGGGAAGACCUAUAAUCCCCUCCUCUCUGUGACAACGGUUUGAUUUCAUCUGUGUGAUAGUGGAUGCUUGGAUUAUUAUUAAUUUGCAUAAAUUUGCACAAAUGUGAUAUACUGUGUAGUAAUGUGAUUAUUCAGAGAGAAAGAGAGAGAUAUUAAAGAAUAUCUUGUAUAAUAUAUUUAAACAUGUUUUUUGUGUUAUAUAUGUAAAUGUAUAUGGUGUUCCACUGAAACAUUUUUUUUCAUGGAGUUUUGUUUCAGCCAUGGAAAUAACUGAUUCUGCAAGAUACAAUUUGUCAUUGUUGGUAGAUGGAAGUUGUUUAUUAUUAUGGAUUGGUGGUUGCAUAUUGCAGCUGUAAAUUAAAGUGCUCUAAGUCAUGAAUA